UUGAGUGGCCCUGAACCACCACCACCACUUACAAUCAUGUGAUUUAGUACAAGAUACCAACCACGUAUUAUAACAAGUCUACACUGGUUACACAGUCAACUUGAGAAGCAGUGCAGGUAUGGUGAAGGUGUUGACAAGCAGCAGUAGUGAGGUGAACCCCACCACUAACACCACUCGUAGCAGAAGCAACUUCAGGCGAACUCCAUCUACACACAUCUUUCAAUACUGAAUUCGAACAAAAUGUCAGAAAAGAUCAGUGUGGGUGUGCUGACUGUUAGUGACCGAUGCUCCACUGGAGAGGCAACUGAUGAAAGUGGUGCCAAUCUUCAGUCACUAAUAUCCAGUGGUGAACUUUUUCCAGGAACGGUGGACCAGUAUUUGUGUGUUGCUGAUGACUGUUCCUUGAUCAUUAAGACAUUGAUCAGUUGGUGCGAGGUACACAAGCUGCAGCUGAUACUGACCACUGGUGGUACAGGCUUUAGUCCACGGGACAUCACACCCGAAGCUGUGAAGAAGGUUAUUGGACGAGAAGCACCCGGAUUGUCAGUAUGCAUGUUGACUGAGUCACUCAAGAUCACCCCACUAGCCAUGUUGUCAAGGCCAGUUUGUGGCUAUCGAGGCCGAACAUUAAUUGUAACAUUACCAGGAAGCAAGAAGGCGUCUGAGGAAUGCGUAAGGUUUAUUGCACCUGCUAUUCCACAUGCCGUUGACUUACUUAUGGAUUGGAAAGUACCAGUAGAGAAGACCCAUGAUGCUUUACAAGCUGAGGGAAGUAGUUGUAGACAUCAUACCACGGCCUGUCAGCAUCAUCAACCCAGUGCUCAUCAGCAUCAACAUGCUCAUCACUAUCACCAUCACAAAUGUCACCAUCACCAGAGAGAUGAGACUGGAAAUACAACAUCGAAGGCUGAUGUAACUCGUAUUUCUGGUAGGCCAAGGAAGUCUCCCUACCCGAUGAUAUCUGUCUCAGAAGCUCUUGAGAUUAUCCUCUCUCAUGCAGACCAGUGUACUAAUAAGGUUGUUCCUAUGCAAGAUGCUCUGGGGUUUGUCUUGGCUCAAGACAUCAUAGCCAAUGAUCCACUUCCUCCAUUUCCAGCUUCCAUUAAAGAUGGAUACGCUGUGUUGUCAUCCGAUGGUGCUGGUGUGCGAGUUGUAGAUGGCGAUUCAGCAGCUGGAUGUCGACCGGAGAAGUUGAAAGUGAGCAGUGGGAAGUGCGUGAGAGUGAACACUGGUGCACCAAUACCACUGGGAGCUGAUGCUGUGGUCCAGGUAGAAGACACAGAACUUGUGAAGGAAGCUAAUGAUGGUCGCACUGAGCUUGAAAUUAAGAUCUUGAAAGCUCCUAGCAAGGGACAAGACAUUCGGCCACUGGGUUGUGAUAUAGCUGUAGGGCAGAAGAUUUUGUCAUCGGGUACUCUUCUUGGACCUGCAGAACUGGGACUUCUGGCCACAGUGGGAGUGACAAAUGUUCUUGUUGUUAGCAAGCCUACAUUUGCUGUUCUUUCCACUGGGAAUGAACUUCAAGAGCCAGGAGAAGCACUUCGAGAGGGACACAUCCGAGACAGUAACAAGACUACCCUUAAGGCUCUCUUACGUCAGUUUGACUAUCCAGUCGUUGAUGCAGGUAUUGCAAAAGAUAAUCCCACAUCUCUGCUGACAUCAAUCAGAUCUGCCCUUAACCAGGCUGAUAUCUUGGUCACCACUGGUGGAGUGUCAAUGGGCGAACGCGACAUGCUGCGGCCUGUGCUCACUUCAGAUUUUAAUGCUGAGAUUCAUUUUGCUCAGGUAUUCAUGAAGCCAGGCAAGCCAACUACAUUUGCUACCUGUCAGUUUAAUGGUCACAAGAAACUGAUUCUUGGACUUCCUGGUAAUCCUGUGUCUGCAGUAGUGACGGCAACGCUCUAUAUCUUGCCUCUGUGUCGCAAGAUGAGUGGCAGAAGCACUUAUGAAAACACAUGCAUCAGAGCCAAGUUGUCAACAUCAAUAAAACUCGACCCAAGACCUGAGUAUCACCGAGCCUUACUGUGUUGGAGCCCAGGUAUUGACCUUCCUGUUGCUCAUUCCACUGGCAAUCAGUUGUCAUCUCGGCUGCUGUCUAUGGCCUCGGCUCAAGCUCUUCUUAAACUUCCUCCGGCAACUUCUGAAACACAGAGCUUGCCUGAUGGCACAGUUGUUGAGGCACUACUCUUAAACAUGUGACGACCACCAUCACACUCAGUAAUUAACUUGUGACUUUGAAAAUAAAAAUUAUAAUGAAUUUGCAUAAUGGUUAAGAGGUGCACUGUAAUUGUAAAAAAAAAAUUAUGACUACAUUAAUAUACAGGACUUAUAAGCUAAUAAUUUAUUUAAUUCAACUUGUAUGUUUGUUAAGAGGGGAACUCAUAAUUAUUUAUUAUUCAAAGGUUUAUUAUGUAAAUGUUCAUAAGGUAUGGGCAUUGUAUUCAAAGCUAUCAAUAUCAUCAUAUAAUUAUCUGUUCUGCAUAUGUUUUGGUAAAUAAUAGCUCAAGAGCUUUUUUUUUUUUCCUUUUCCAGGGAUUUUUUGAACAUUUCCCCAAACAUUGCAUCCACCUUGAACUUUAAUUUUGAAAAAUGCACUUUAAGUAGCUCUAUAAAUGGCUCUAUUCCUUUUAGACAUUUCUGCUCAAGUGCAGUACUGAGUGAUUAUUUCAGGUUGUAUUUAUUUAUUUUUUUUUUUUUUUCAGUACUACACUACUAUACAUUACUUGCCAUUGUAUCCUCAUAUCAACCUGAAACUUUAAAGAAAACAUAGCAUUAUUUUUUGAGUUACACUAUAGCAUUUAACAAUUUAUUAGUUGUAUCUGUCAAGGGACUACUUUAUUUGGUUCAGGUUUUAUUGUAUCUGUCAAGAGGCACAAAUCAUUAGCAUCAAGGAACCUCCAUUAAGGGGAAAUGUACAAGAGUUAUUGUAAGGGUUAGUGAUGAAACAAAGGCUUGCAGAGGAAGUAGGAUUUAGGAAGGGUAGGGUAUGUGUAGACCAUGUUUAUUUUGAAUCAUAUAUAAGUGGACAGUCAGCUCUGUAUGACCUUUGUUGGUUGUGCUUAAUCAAACACCUCUUUACCCUUAUCUGAUAAGUGAGCACUAUUUAGAUAAGGGUAAAGAGCUGUUUGAUUUAUUGAUCAAGAAAAGGCACAUGAAGGUGGACAGGGGAACCUUGGAAUAAGUAAUAAUACUAAUAAUGUAAUCAAGGGAAGUGCUAAAUCUAAAAAGGGUCAGUGCUGUGAAAUAGGUGAUAGGUUACUAAAAGUAGUAGAGAACUUUUAUGCAUAUAGUGAGGCUCAGGUUAGGGUAUGUAGAGGGGAGGUGGACUAUUUCUCUGUAAAAGUAGAACUGUAGACAGGUAUGCAUGAUGUGACAAAUGGUUUAAAAAAAAUGACAAGUUGAAGAUCGAGACACUCAUGCAACAUAUGGGAAUCUUUAUUGAGGAAACGUUUCACCACACAGUGGCUCCAUCAGUCCAAUACAAAGCAGAAAGGUGUAAGGAGAGGAGUUUGAGGUAAUCAGUCCCUCAGCCUAGAGUCGAUGUGUUCAGUCCAUCAAUCUUGUAGAAUGUACAGUGUAGGGCCGUAGACAUGGCUUAUAUACUGUAGUCAGGUGAGGCCUCCUGCUUCACCUCGCUUGACUACAGUACAUAAGCCAUGUCUACGGCCCUAUGCUGUAUAUUCUACAAGAUUGGUGGACUGAACACAUCGACUCCAGGCUGAGGGACUGAUUACCUCAAACUCCUCCUCUCCUUACACCUUUCUGCUUUGUAUUGGAUUGAUGAAGCCACUAUGUCCUCUAGCCACAUAGUGCUUUCUCAGUCUUUUCAAGCUUUUCAUCAUGAACCAGACUGCGCAGUAUUACCCUUGUAGGUUUAGCGCUUCUUUUUUAUUAUAAUAAUAUCACAAACCAGAGAGACCAUUUUUGCCAUUGUAGGGGUAACACUAACACUUCCACAAAUUUCAGCUUUCCUGCUGUGUGCAAAUGCUUGAUUUGUUCUUACCAACCUAAUGGCCCUUUUUAGCAAGCAACAUGUCAUUUUUCAUAAGAUCCAAGAUUUUCAUUUUCUUGUCGAGAGGUCCCCUCAAGGGAGGUUUCCUGAUGCUGGUGAGGGGCUCUUUGAUCUAGGGAAUUGGAUCUGUGCUCCAGUUCCCUGAACUGAGCCUGAAUACCUUCCAUCCCCCCCCCCCCCCACAAGUGCUGUAUAAUCCCUACAGGGUUAAUGCUCCCCUAUUAUAAUGAUAAUUGUUGAGAGGUAGCACUUUACACUCCCUCUUAGCCAUUUUUUUUCACAGAAAGGGUACACAAAUAGUGAACGAACGAGACACAAGGCGAACAAUACUCAAACAAGCAUUGUUCGCUUACAUGUCACUUCAUUUACAUGGAUUCAGCGUAGCACACAGCAAAUUUAAAUUUUGCUUUUUGGAACUUUCUGGGAUUUUUUUUUUUUUUCAAAUAUUUUCCAUCUGCAGUUGGUUGAAUCCACGGAUGCAGAACCUGCAGAAAUGGAGGGCUGACUGUGCUGUGCUUUGGUAUUGUUGUCCUUCCAUAUUUCAACAGGAUAAAUUUAUACAGUAUUUAGAAAUAAAAAAUAUUUAAGAA